GAUUAUUAAAUUCAAUUUGAUUCUGGUGGAUGGGAAGAAGAAGAAGAAGAAAAAGAAUCAAAAGGAGAAUCUAAUUAUUACAGUAGAGAGCAUUUAUACUUCUGUACAUCGAUAUAUAAUCUCAAUAAUCGCCCCCACAGAAUCCAUACGAUUUCUCUCGCAUUUCGAUCGGCUAUGGCGACGAGGACGAAAUACCGCUUCCUGCCGGCGACUGACCGCGACGCGCCGAUCAAUUCCGACACCAUGUUCGAAUUCGACGAGUCCGACAUCUGGAGCGCCGGCCGCGGCGCCUCUCCGGAGAACCACAGGAAGGCCGGGAACUCCCGAGUCUCGAGGAGGCAGCCGUCCGCCGCCGCUCGGGAGGCGGCGACGGGGUCUCUGCCGGUGAAUGUGCCGGACUGGUCGAAGAUACUGAAGGACGAGUACAGGGAGAACCGGAGGAGCGAGAGCGAUGAGGAGGAGGAGGAUGGAGGCAGGGGAGACCGGAUUCCGCCGCACGAGUUGGUGGCGCAGCAGAUGGCGAGGGCUCGGAUCGCCUCCUUCUCGGUGCACGAAGGCGUCGGGCGCACCCUCAAAGGGAGAGACCUGAGUAGAGUCCGCAACGCGAUUUGGAAGAGAACCGGGUUCGAGGAUUGAUGAAGAAGCUAAGGAAUUUACCACAAGCUAAGGAAUGAAGAAGCUAAGGAAUUUUUCAAUUUUUCCCACUUUUUUCUUCAUAGUUUCCGCUACCACAAAUUUA